AUGAAGCUCGCCGUCUUCAGCGCCAAGGCCUACGACAAAAAGUACAUUUCCGCCGCGCACGAGGCCAAGAAAGAAGAAUUCAAAAAGCACAAUGCGAACCUCGCCGGCGACAACACCGACUUCGGCAUCAGCUUUCAUGACUUCUCCCUUUCCUCCGAGACCGUCUCCCUCGUCAAGGAUGUUGACGCCGUAUGCGUCUUCGUAAACGACUCCCUCACCGCCGAUGUUGUCGAGAGCCUGCAUAAGGCCGGAUGCAAGGCCAUUCUGCUGCGCUGCGCCGGCUUCAACAAUGUCGACCUCAAGACCGCCGAGAAGCUGGGCAUCUUCGUCGCCAAUGUCCCCUCAUACUCUCCCGAGGCUGUCGCCGAGUUCGCCGUCGCCCUGCUGCAGUCCCUCAACCGCCGCACCCAUCGAGCCUAUAACCGGACCCGCGAAGGUAACUUCAACCUCGAUGGUCUGCUGGGCAAGACCGUACAUGGCAAGACGGUCGGCAUCAUCGGCACUGGGCGGAUUGGUGUGUCUAUGGCCCGCAUCAUGAAGGGCUUCGGCUGCACCCUCUACGCCUUUGACCCCUUCCAGUCGGACGCUUUCAAAGAGCUCGGCGAAUAUCUGCCUUUGGAGGAGCUCCUGCCCAAGUGCGACUUCAUCAGCCUGCACUGUCCCCUGAUGGACAAGACGAAGCACAUCAUCAACGAGAAGACGCUCAAGCAGAUGAAGCCGGGUUCAAUCCUUGUCAACACAUCUCGCGGCGGUCUGGUCGACACCAAGGCUGUCAUCCACGCCCUCAAGACUAAGCACCUUGGCGGUCUGGCUCUUGAUGUUUACGAAGGCGAGGGCGAUCUAUUCUACAACGACCACUCGGGCCACAUCAUUGAUGAUGACCUGCUUACCCGCCUCAUGACCUUCCCCAACGUCCUCAUCUGCGGACACCAGGGAUUCUUCACCGAGGAGGCCCUGCAGGAGAUCUCUGAGUGCACCUUCCGGAAUCUUGAGGAUUUCAUGCUCGGCCGCAAGUGUUCCAACUCUCUAGUCAAGGAAGAGUCCACUAUGUCCCGUAGAGAGUCACUCCCAGUCCGCAUUGUCUGA